AUGUCCCAUUCGAUCUUGAAGGCUCUAGACUUGGUGACGUUGCGUGAGCUUGCGAAACGAGUCAACGUGAUUCCUGUGAUUGCCAAGUCAGACACGACAUGCAAGGAUGAGUUGAUCCGUUUCAAGAAUAAGAUCAUCAGCGAGCUACGCAGUCACAAAAUUGAAAUCUAUCAGUUUCCGACAGACGACGAAACUGUGGCGAAAGCUAACGCGGAAAUGAACAGCGCGGUGCCAUUUGCUGUUGUAGGUAGUUGUGACUUCGUGAAGAAGGAGAAUGGGAUGCGUGUAAGAGCUCGCCGUUAUCCCUGGGGAAUCGUCGAAGUUGAGAACGAGCAGCACUGUGAUUUCGUCAAACUCAGAGAAGCUCUUAUUCGUACGAAUGUUGAUGCACUAAGAGAGAGAACACAUAACGUUCUAUAUGAGAACUACAGGCGUGAUCGUCUUCGUGGGAUGCACAUGGGAGAUGGAGACACUGGACCGAAGAUGGUGGAAAAAUUCAAUUUAAAGCAGAAAGAAUACAAUGACGAGUUUGCAUGUCGUGAAGUAAAGAUUCGUGAAGACUUCCAGAAAAAUCUUGAGGCCAAAGAGUCCGAAUUACGUCAAAGGGAAGAGUCGGUAGGAUUUGAAAUUUUUUCACUAACAAGUCGCAUGAGCAACUAA